AUGGAAGGUUCACACUCGCUCUGCGUCAUCUGUGGUGCCAGGAUCCCAUAUCAUAGUCCGAAUUCAUCCUGGCAAAGGGACUUCCGCGCAGUGAGAUGUGAUCAAAACUCCGGACUCGAGGGGAGGCCGUUUUUGACUGGGGUAGGUGGCUAUGUACCACGAACCAUAAUACCCGACUGCGCUGCACCUUCAGCAGCUGAGAGGCGAUGGAGCGACGAAGGCUUCGAGUUGUCUGCGGAAGAUGUCUUCCCACUGCUCAUUGGAGAGCGAUUACGUCCACAGCCUGGUUUUCUCUUCCACGAGGUCUGCUGGGAACUGUUGACGAGUCGGUUAGCGCCGCGAGCUGUUCACAUCGAGCGGCUCUACGAUAUCUUACUUUCGUGUCCGGCGAACAAAAAGGGAUGGUUGGAUUGGGGUCACAAUUAUGGUGGGCUCAUGGAUAGAGCUCCUGAGGGAUAUCCGUGGGAGAAUGUCUCCAUUGUGGGCUUUAUUAAACGAUAUCUGGGCGAUAAGAACUCACCCUUGUCGUUGGCAACAGCGAACCCUAUAUUUGUACCCGAGUUGAAGCAGGCUCUUGUGGACUCUCAAAGGAAAAAUGUUCUAACAGCAGAGGCCUCUUUAAUAGCACCAGUCUUUCAGAACGUGGCGGAUUGUUUUCAGAGCCUGCCGCAAGAAGUCCUAGAGCUCAUCCAGACGCUUCUUCCUUCUCACAGCGUCGCCAAUGCCAGGCUAGCUUCGAGGUCCUUUGCGAGUCUACCUUUGAGUCAGACUUUCUGGGCCUCGAGAUUAAAUUCCCGUCAGGAGCACGGGUUCUGCUUCGAAGCGACGGAACCGUCGUACAGCAGCAUCGCCGAGCAGCGCAAUCGAGAAUGGAGAAUCCUUUAUGAAAAGACGGGGCUGCUGUUGAUGUCUUCACUUGAGAUGAAGAAUAGAAAACGGAUUUGGAAUCUCCUCGAAGACUUGGUAGAUCUUCUUCUGGAGGAACCCUUGAGUAACGAUAGCUUGGUCAGGACGCUGCAGGCCUUUCCAGUAAAGGCGUCAAAGGCAUGGAGGCCCAUUGGAGGAGACUUCUCUGCGCAACCUGCGGACCGCUUCCCUUGCGGUGUGAAAUGCAGGAAGAUAUAUGAACAGACAGUCUCAAUCUCAGCACUGAUCCGAUCCAUUGAAGAAGUCACUCUGGGCUACAUUCUACCGGCGAACGAGAGAAUGCUCGACAUAGGCGCCGAAUGCUACAGACUCACCGGCUUCAUCGCCGCCGUCGGUCCCAGAGGCAUCAUGGCCCUACGUGCUGUGACGGCUAAAGGCGACGUCUCAUCCUGGGUGGGAUCAUGGAAAGAGUACCCCCAAACUCUCCGUUUAUGCAUGAAAGAGGCCAUCCAUGAAAUAAAGGGUUGUUUCGAUGGCUUCAAAAUGGUCUCCCUAGCCGUCCCAUCAACCCUCAACCCGCUCUUCCCCUCUGACCCCAGAGGCGAGCACCUCCCCCUCCGCACAACGGGACUCUGGUACCCAGACCUCCCACCACCGUCCCUCCACCUCCACGACGGUACGUUCCCAGGCGGUCAAAUCCCCCUACAGGAAUACCGGCCCCUCGUGCACAUCAUGUUCGGCGGACCCAGGGGCCAUAUGCUGCAAUACCUCACCCGCAUCUCGGUAACCGUCUCGAAGACCGCAAUUGUCGGAAUCGAUUUCUUCUACAGCGACGACGCACCCGUCAAAUGUCUACAGGCUUGCCCGGCAACCGCUACGGGUGACUACACAACCAAGAUCCCCUUUCCCGUUGACGGCCCAGCUGGUGAGCGGUUGACGGGGCUCCAGGCCGAUAUGGAUUUCUUUGCGAGUGCGCCCGGCUGCAGCAAUCCUUACAACUAUGGGGCAAUCACGUCUUUGAAGGUGACCACGAACUUCAAGACCGUUCCCUUCACCUUUCAACCGAGUGCUAUCCUGCAGCUGAAACUCCCUGUUGGCCCAUGCAUCCGCCAAAGAUCCAGAAAGACAGAGAUAGUUCCUGGGACGACUUUGACAGGGAUAUACUUCAUGCAUGUGGGUAGUCAAUCAUUGGAGGAGAGUUCUUUGUGCCAGCCGACUGAUUCAUUCUACGUGGACGACCAGGAUCCAAAGUUCGGCAUGUUAAGCAUGGGGUCUAUUUCCCAAGAUCUCACUGCAACUGAGAACGUGCCACACCAGAGUAUAGAGGAUGAGAUAAGUGAGAUUACUGACAGGCGCUGCUACAAGGCACGUCUGGCUAUUUAA